GGCUCCCUGGGCCGUGCCCCGCCCCGCCCCGGACUGGCUGGGCCCGGGGCUGUCACUGGUCCGGACCGCGUGGGACCGGCAUCCCGAGCCUGUGUUGGGGGGUUCGGGGCCCCGCAGGGCUCUGUCCAAACUGGGGCCAAGGCCCCGCCCGUGUCUGGGGGAGGGGGCAGGGCUGGCCUUUGCCCCCGCCCCCUGGGGUGGGGGUCCGAGGCCCGGCUCUCCCCCGCCGCCCCGUGUCUCGGGGGGAGCGGGUCCGGGGCCUUCGCCCCACUGACGUGUGUGCUGUGACCGCAGGUUCCCGGGCAGGGCGAUGACAGAGUACAAGCUGGUGGUGGUGGGAGCUGGUGGCGUUGGCAAAAGCGCCCUGACCAUUCAGCUCAUCCAGAACCACUUCGUGGACGAGUACGAUCCGACCAUAGAGGAUUCAUAUCGGAAACAGGUAGUUAUUGAUGGUGAGACCUGUUUGCUAGACAUUCUGGAUACUGCAGGGCAGGAGGAGUACAGUGCUAUGCGAGACCAGUACAUGAGAACUGGUGAAGGCUUCCUUUGUGUCUUUGCCAUUAAUAACAGCAAAUCAUUUGCUGAUAUCAAUCUCUACAGAGAGCAGAUUAAGAGAGUGAAAGAUUCAGAUGAUGUGCCAAUGGUGCUAGUGGGAAACAAGUGUGACUUGCCCACAAGGACAGUGGAUACAAAACAGGCUCAAGAACUAGCUAAGAGCUAUGGGAUCCCCUUCAUUGAGACGUCAGCCAAAACAAGACAGGGUGUCGAAGACGCCUUUUACACAUUGGUGAGAGAGAUCCGCCAAUACCGGAUGAAAAAGCUCAACAGUAGUGAAGAUGGGAAUCAAGGCUGUAUGGGAUUGUCAUGCAUUGUGAUGUGAUGAGCCACCAAGAAUACCUGGUUCAGAUGUAGCUGGAGGACAAGUCUUGAUGCCACUGUAAAGCAUCUCACGAUGAUACCCUGGUGCCAGCCAAGCAGUAUAAAGUCCUUUUCUGUGCUCCAUCUGAAGAGAACAUCUCUGAACAGCUACCUCCUUGCUCGGCUAACUGAGCAGAGAAAGCCCCAUCUGUUGAUGCACUUGGGAUUUCUUUUUUCUUUUUUUUCCUGGGUAGGUUCAAACAGAAAACUGGUCACAAGAAAAGCGAACUUUAAACACCAAAUACUGUGAAAAAGAUGACAACAUUUUUACCUCUAGAGUAGAUGCUAGAAGUGAUGUUUGUUUCCUUUGUAUCAGAUUAAGACCUGGGGAGGAAUAGCUCAGGCAGGGAGGGAUAGCUCAGUGGUUUGAGCAUUGGCCUGCUAAACCCAGGGUUGUGAGCCCAAUCCUUGUGGGGGCCACUUAGGGAUCUGGGGCAAAAAUCAGCAAUUGGUCCUGCUAGUGAAGGCAGGGGGCUGGACUCGAUGACCUUUCAGGGUCCCUUCCAGUUCUCUGAGAUAGGUAUAUCUCCAUAUAUUAUAUUAUUAUUAAGACCUGCAGGGCUAACUGAGAAAUGUCACUAAUCACUGACUGGCAGAUAAUGUCAGAAAUGGCUUUGCCACUGUUUCUUAAUACUCUGCUACCUGUUCCAGAUUGGUAUCUGCCCUCUGUGUGCCCCACACAACCUACUCACAGCACACCAUUGUGUCAUGCCGUUUACUCCGAUCCUCUAUCUUUCUGUAAUAAAAAGGAGAGAUCUUUGUUAAUUAAGUGCCUGCUUGCAAAGGAGCUUUAGAGCUUUUCCCCAUUGUCAGACUGAAGGAAUUACCAAGGAUUCAGGUUCCCUUGAGAGCUGGUGCACUUGUAAAUUAUCAUGUCUUUGAGAAAUGCACAUGGUCAGUUUAUUUGCAUGACUGGACUCUGCCUCUUCAUCUAGAGAAAAUUCCCGGCUGGAAGCUCCAGUAGACAUGUGGGAGGAGUUCUCCAUGUCUAAGGAGCACAAGGCGAUGGAUCUGUUUUCUGUUCUGUUUUAGUGGGUAGACUCACGUACAUUCCCUCUAGCUUUGUCACUGUGCCAGGGCUUCCUUCAUCUCCAGGUAGGACCAAACUAAUCAGCUGCUCUUGUUAAUGUUGGUUGGAAAUAUAUGUGAUCUGCUACUUGACAGGUAACCACACCAGUGAAUUUUACUGGUUUGGGUGACUAUUAAUUGUUCAGAUUUGUCUAGAACUUGCAAUUCUAUUUUAAAAUGAUUUGCCUCAUCACCAAACUUCAAAUAAAGCCUCUGUCAAAUGAAUCUCUGAGAAGAGUAGCUGGAGGACAUUCUCAAUGGGGAAGGAGUCUUGGAUUUCUGACUGGCUUGCACAGUGUGUAGUGUUUGCUCCAAACUGCAGUGCAUGCAGUCCCUCCAAAAGUGGGGGAGAAGCUAGCGAUAAAAUAUACCACAGAAUCCUGAUCUGGCUUCUGAUUAUGUCUGACUUCAGAAUCAUCUGUGGCAGGGGUUGGCAGAAUGAGGAAGGAAAUUCAGUUAUCAGCAUAGAGAAGUUUUCUUGGUUUGCUGAUGGGAUUUUGGUGCUUGUUCUACCCCCAGCAGAGUAUGACCGAAUCCUUGCACAAAUCAUGGAGAUUCUUCCUGGAGCAAGAUACCAUUUGCUAGUUGGCAUGAACUAGGCCUUACAAGUAAGGGCACUCUUGUAAUACUCUCCCAGUUAUACAACACUCUGGUAUGUUGGGUCCUUCACUAGCCAACGUACCAUUGGAAUUGGACUCUGUGACCAGAUGAGCUAAAGUAGCAUAUUUCAAAACCAGUCGUCAUCAUCAUCAUCAUCAUCAUCGUGGUAAAUCCCAAAGGGACAUGGCCUCCUUGCAGAUCAAGUGCCUCCUGGAUCAAUCUCUGGAUAGGACCUUAAGGUGGUCUGGCUGGAUGUUCAGUUUAGGUCUAUCACUGGCAAUUUUAUCACACCAUUAAAAUUUUGGGCACCCACAUGAUCACUGGCCAUCUAGCAGCAUUCCUUAGUAAAUGUGCUUCAGAAUUAGUUGUUUUUUCAUACUAAUAAUAUGUCCAUAUCAAGAAAGCUGCUGGAAAAAAAACAGUGCUGAAGGACGUGGUUGCUGGGUUCAGCUUCAAAUGUCUUUGUUUCUGAUCUUGUUCUGCUAUUUGAUACGGAACAGCCAAUGAAGACGAUGACUAUUGAAAAUGUCAUGCCUAUGUUCUUCAGCCUUCUUCAGCCUUCCUCAGCACCCAUGUUUCACUUCCGUACAACAGAGUUGAUAUAACCAUGGUUCUAUGGAUCCACAGCUUUGUAGCAAGCUCGACGUUAUGAUAUCCUCACAGCGGCCACUGAAGGGCCUGAAAUGUGGCGUCACGUUCUGCUGUACAAGUGUCCACAUCUUUCAAGCAUCCUCCAGCACUGUCUGUGACGCUGCCCAAUUAUCUGACAGCUCCCAUCUUUUCAGUAUCUCAUCCAAACAAAUUAAUAGUAAACUGGUUGUAAUCUGGAGCUGGAGGUUGCUUGAUGGUAAUGGCCAGGGACCUAAUUUUAUCUGGAUUAAUAACCAGACCAAUGCCUGCUACUUCUCGCCUGACCAGAUCAGCCAUCAGCUGUAGAUGCACCAGACUGAGCCAACAAGACAAUGUCAUCUCCGUAUUCAAGAUCUCGGAGCGCAGUGGUGUUCAGCUCAACGUCACCCACAGCUGCCGCCUCAAGCUUAUCCAUCAACCAAUAGUGCCGAAACGGAACAACAAUCAUGACUGAACGCAGCCUUGCCAAACUCCUGUGGAGCUAGGAAACCAAGCUGUGUAUCUGCCAUUGACUCAAAUGCAGCUUUCCUUUCCAUUAUAGAGCUCUUCUGUCAAUGACACUAUCUUCCUAGGGAUGAUAAAUCACUUCAUCAGAUCCCACACACUUACUUGAGGCAUUGAAUCAAAGGCCUGACAGAAGCCUAUACAAAGUGUUGUUCAGGGCUUAUUAAAGUCAGACACCUUCUCAAAAACCCGUCUGAAGGUAAAGAUCUGGUUGACAGUGGAAAAGCUA